CGGGUGGCUAGAUAUAGUUAUCUAAACCUUAAUCCAAACAACAAAUACAAUUAAGCCAAAACAAAACACCAAACCAAGAAAAUCGACAAAAGGCUAAAACAAUGAUCAUAGUUAUCAGGUCCGGGUCACUUCACCCCCAUUUGACAGGGUCGGGUCCUGUCUUCCUUGACGGCGACCUCCAUUCAGUCCACUAUUUCCCCCUUCCCUUUCUCUCUCCAACCCUCCCAUGUGAUGUGAUCAAUUCUUGUUUUUCCUUUUUGCCCUUUUGAGCAAACCGUCCUAUUAUGAUUCACGUUUUCAACAAUUGCCUAUCAUCAUUAUCUCAUUCUCUCAUUGCUUUCCAAUUGCAAUCGACCCGUACAUCCCUCAAGCCCUAGGAGAAAAAUCUUAUUUUUCUGAUUGUGUACUGAGUCUGACUUCUAGCUUCUUCCAGUUCUUGCAAUUUUCCCUUUUUAUCCCCAUAUUUGGUGUUUGGUGAGCUGGGUUUCGGGUGGUUUUUACUGUUGAAUUGCGCGGAGGCCAAAACCCUCAGCUGUGGCUUUAUUCUGCAUCAGCUGGGCUGCAAUUGCUUGCUUGCUGGUGUUUUCUGAUCUGGGAUUGUUUGAUUGUUGGAAUUUUGUGGUUUAUUGUGGAGGUAAUUUGUGGGUUGUGAAGGGCUGUUGCCUAGCUGGGUUAAACACUCAGGUUAAGGGCUUGAAGAGGGAAAGUGAAGGUUUUGGAUCUGAUCAGGUGGGAAACAGCGCCAUUAGAUGGCGCUGUUCAGGAGAUUCUUCUACCGGAAGCCACCGGAUCGGCUUCUAGAGAUCUCCGAGAGGGUGUACGUGUUCGACUGCUGCUUCUCCGCGGAUGUUCUCGACGAAGAUGAGUACCGAACAUACAUGAAUGGGAUCGUGGCUCAACUACAGGACCACUACCCAGAUGCCGCUUUCAUGGUUUUCAACUUCAAAGAAGGGGAAAGGAGGAGCCAAUUAUCUGAUGUGCUAUCUCAGUAUGAUAUGACAGUAAUGGAUUACCCUCGGCAGUAUGAAGGGUGCCCUCUGUUACCACUGGAGAUGAUCCAUCACUUCUUGCGAUCAAGCGAGAGCUGGUUAUCGCUUGAGGGCCAACAGAACGUGCUUUUAAUGCACUGCGAAAGAGGAGGAUGGCCCGUGCUUGCUUUCAUGCUCGCGGGCCUUCUUUUGUACAGAAAACAAUAUACUGGUGAGCAGAAGACUCUGGAGAUGGUCUACAAGCAAGCACCCAGGGAAUUGCUUCAUCUGCUGUCUCCUUUAAAUCCCCAGCCAUCUCAGCUCAGAUACCUUCAGUACAUCUCUCGAAGAAACUUUGGUUCAGAUUGGCCACCGAAAGAUACACCGCUGGCUCUGGAUUGUAUUAUACUUAGAGUCCUUCCUCUGUUUGACGGUGGAAGAGGGUGCCGGCCUGUUGUUCGAGUAUACGGUCAGGACGCUUCUUCAAAAUCGUCGAGUCGAAGUUCAAAGCUUUUGCUUUCGACUUCAAAAGUGAAAAAGAAUAUACGUUUAUAUCGGCAGGAAGAGUGCGAUAUAGUGAAAAUUGAUAUCCAUUGCCAUGUUCAGGGAGAUAUCGUUCUUGAGUGCAUUCAUUUGGAGGAUGAUAGUAUGAGGGAAGAGAUGAUUUUUAGAAUUAUGUUCCAUACAGCAUUUGUCCGAUCAAAUGUUAUGAUUCUGACCCGUGACGAUGUCGACGUUCUUUGGGAUGCCAAGGAACAAUUUUCAAGAGAUUUCAGAGCAGAGGUGCUCUUUUCAGAUGCAGAUUCUCUUGCAUCCAUUAUCACUGCAAAAGAAGCUGUGAGUGAAGAUGGAAAUGAAUUCGAAAGUAACUCGCCGGAGGAGUUUUUUGAGGCAGAAGAGAUUUUCAGCAGUGUAGAUGGGCAAGACGGUAGGGUGGAGCCUGAUAACCAUACUCAUGCUGUUCAACUGAUAAGUCAGGAUAAUGGAAGUCAUCAUGAAGGAUCUCUGAAGGAUGGUUCCGAUUAUCGUGCAUAUGAAGAAUGUGCAUCAGACGAGGGUAUUCUCAGAAGCGUGCACCACUUGCUUCAAGAAAAAAAUAUGUUGCUCAAUAUGGAUGGUCAGUUGGACAGUACUAGUAGUAAUGGUAAACCCAACUCUGUUUAUUAUGGCACGAAUGGUAAAUCGGAAGGAGAAGAAAAUAAGAAGAGUGAAGAUGCUCCUAUGCCCAAACAUAAAUUAAUUGCUGAUAAUAAUAAUGAUAAGCUGCAGAAGUUGUAUAACGGGGUGUCAACUGUGACGAACAAACAGAUGAUGUCCAAUAGUUCAAAGCCUGCUUCAGAUUCAGUCAGCACCAACAAGAAAUCUAAGCAGCAAGAGUUGCAGAGCCCUACCUUAAGACAAGCCAAGCCAGAUGCUGUGUCCAGGUGGAUACCUUCUAAUAAAGGUUCUUACACUAACUCAAUGCAUGUAUAUUAUCCUCCAUCAAGAUCUAACAUUGCUCCAGUAGCUAAUGCUGCUGGCAAGGGUGCUUUGACCGGGAAAAAAUCUAAGCCUCAAUUUCUUACUUCAUCUUCAGAAAAAAUGGCGGCGACUGCUGACAAAUCUUUUGCACCAAGCCGUUCGAAGUAUGCAUCUUACCCACCAUUAGGUUUGAGAUCAACUAAAGAAGCUCCUUCUCCAAUUUUGCCUAGAACACCACAAGUGAAAAAUGAAACUGAGGAACUUAGCCUGCCACCAGUAACAACUUCAGUUACCCCUCCACCACAACCGCGAACUCCAUCCCCAUCCUCACCUCCUUUUCCAUUAUCUUCGUCUGCAAGUACUUCUGCUUUGCUGCCUGCAAGAUCAUUUGCCCCACCCCCGCCUCCAUCCCCACCGUCACCCCCACCACCAUCACAUUCUCAAAAUUUAAAUAUUAAUAGAGCACCACCACCACCACCACCUCCUGGAGUUCGCGUUCCUGGCCCACCUGCACCUCCGGGACCUCCUAGACCCCCAGGAGGUGGACCACCUCCACCUCCUCCAUUUGGGAAGGUACCUGCAGCAGAUGGUAGGGGGUUGCCAGCUGGAAGAGGCCGUGGGCUGCCACGUCCCGGUGUACCGGCUACAGCAAAUCGGAGAUCCACCUUAAAACCACUUCAUUGGAGCAAGGUGACAAGGGUAUUACAAGGGAGCUUGUGGGAAGAAUUGCAGAGUGUCGGAGAUCCACAUGUGGCACCUGAUUUUGAUGUGUCAGAACUUGAGACCCUUUUCUCUGCCACAGUACCCAAGUCUGAUCCUGCAGGUGGGAAAUCUGGAGGGCGGCGAAAAUCUACUGGAUCUAAGCCUGAUAAAGUCCAUCUGAUUGACCUAAGGAGGGCCAAUAAUACUGAAAUUAUGCUCACAAAAGUGAAAAUGCCACUUCCUGACAUGAUGGCUGCAGCACUUGCAAUGGAUGAGUCAAUUUUGGAUGCCGAUCAAGUCGAAAAUCUCAUCAAAUUUUGCCCAACCAAGGAAGAGAUGGAACUUCUUAAGGGCUAUACAGGUGACCGUGAGAAUCUGGGAAAGUGUGAACAGUUUUUCCUGGAGCUGAUGAAGGUGCCACGAGUGGAAUCAAAAUUAAGGGUUUUCUUAUUCAAGAUUCAAUUCAUUUCUCAGGUUUCUGAUUUUAAGAAAAGCUUGAACCUAGUAAAUUCUUCUUAUGAAGAGGUCCGAAGAUCACACAAACUGAAAGAGAUUAUGAAAACAAUCUUAUUUCUUGGAAAUACACUGAAUCAAGGAACUGCCAGAGGUUCUGCUCUUGGAUUCAAAUUGGAUAGUUUACUGAAACUCACCGAUACACGUGCGUCCAACAGCAAGAUGACACUCAUGCAUUACCUUUGUAAGGUGCUAGCGUCAAAGGCACCGGGCCUUUUGGAUUUUCAUCAAGAUCUUGUUAGCUUGGAAGCGGCUUCAAAGAUACAAUUAAAAUCAUUGGCAGAAGAAAUGCAAGCCAUUAUCAAAGGUCUGGAAAAGGUGAAACAGGAAUUGGCUGCUUCAGAAAAUGAUGGUCCUGUAUCUGACACUUUCCGCAAGACUUUAAAUGAAUUCGUCGUUACUGCUGAGACCGAAGUGUCCUCCGUGACAAGUCUUUAUUCCAUUGCGGGAAGAAAUGCAGAUGCAUUGGCUUUAUAUUUCGGUGAAGAUCCUGCUCGAUGCCCAUUUGAGCAAGUUACGCAAACCCUCUUGAACUUUGUGCGGAUGUUCCGGAAAGCUCAUGAAGAAAACUGCAAACAGGCCGAACUAGAAAAGAAGAAAGCUCAAAAGGAAGCCGAAAUGGAGAAGGCAAAGGGGGUAAGCCUGACAAGGAAAGACGAGCCCUGGAUGGAUAUUGUUGAGAAUGCCGCAAGUGGGUUGAAAUUGAAUCGAUUAUUUCAACACAAGGCUCGUUUUUUGAUGGAAAAGCGGAGUUCAUUGGAUCCAGUAUUGGCAUUCCAUUCACACAUCAGCUUAAAAGAACAUUGUUAA